AUGUAUAUGAUAUUAUCAGUUAUUAAUUCAAUUGGUGGUAAUAUUAAUGAAUUAAUUACGAGGAAUGAAUAUAAUAAUAAUAAUUUAAUGACAUUACCAUUACCAAACCUGAUUAAAAAAUUGGCAAUUACUUUUAAUUAUUAUCAACAAAGAAAUGAAGAAUUUAUUUAUUUGAAUAUAAAUCAAUAUUUAUCUGUUGGAUUAACUCAUUUAUCUAUUAGAUUUCCUGAAUAUUUUAACACUAUUAAUAAUAAUGAAGAAGUGCAAGUGCAAGCGCAAGUGCAAAAUGCUGCUGCUGAUGCUAAUGCUAAUGCUAAUGAUGAUGAUAAGAUGAUAAUUGAUUUUCAAAGAUUCAUUAAUUUGAAAUAUUUAAAAUUUUAUGAUAUAACUUUUGAUAUUGAAUUUAUAUUACCAAAUGAUUUGAAAUAUUUAUAUUUUAAAAAUUGUUUACCUAAUAAAAUAUAUUUUCAUGAAUUUUUUGAAGAAAAAGAUUUAAAUUUUAAUAAAUUAGAUUCAUUUAUUUGGGAAUCACCACAAAUCAAUCUAGAUAUGGUUAAAUUUGAUAAUAUCGAUGCUUAUAAUAAUAAUUAUUAUUAUUUAUUGAUUCAUAAUGGUAUUGGGUUAAAAAAUUUGAAAAUUCCUCAGUGUAUGAUAAAUUCAAUUUUAUCAAAAAUUGAUAAUAGUAGUAGUAACCAAAUUACUGAUUCAUUUAUUGUGAAAAAAGUGGUGGAACUACCUUCAAGUUUACAAAAAUUAAUUCUUUAUAACCAUACCCAAAAUGACAAUAAUAAUGAAGAUGAUGAACAAGAAGAUGAACAUGAACAAGAAGAUGAACAAGAAGAUGAACAUGAACAUGACGAUGACGAUGACGAUGUACAUCAACAUCAACAUGGUAAUAUUGAUAGAUAUUGUUUUCAUUUUAAAUACUUGUUCCCAUUUCAUUCCAAUUUGACAUCAUUAACUGUUGAUGGAGUCAAUGUUGUCAAUUUCCAUAAUUUUGAUAAUUUAAUUAACUUAAAGACAUUAAACAUAUAUAAUCAAUUUAAAUCAUGUCAUAAAACUUUUGAUUAUAAAUUACCUAUUAGUUUAACUCGAUUAAUUUUCGAUCAUUGUCAUUAUCAACAAUAUUUAAUUGAUAAUAGUACUAAUAAUAAUAAUAAUCUUUAUAAUUUAAAAUAUGUUCAAAUUACUAAUUGUGGAUUAAAUAAUAUUGAUCAAUCAAUUUUAAAAUUACCGGAUAAUGUUGAAGAAUUGAAUCUUAAUAAUAAUUGUAUUGGUAUAAUUGAUAAUCCAUCAAACCAAAACCAAAACCAAAAUCAAAACCAAGAGAUAACAAUCGAUAAGAUUUUUCCUAAAAAUUUGAAAACUUUACAUCUUUGUUAUAAUCAAUUAAUGCAUGUUAAAUCAUUACCGUCAUCAUUGAUUUCAUUAUAUUUGUCUCAUAAUCAAUUAAAUCAACAACGAUUUAUGGAACCUUCAACGUUGGUUUUAUCAAAUUUGAAACAUUUAGAUUUAUCAUAUAAUAUAUUCAACUUGAAUGAACUUACUACAACUGAUAGUUUCUUACAAUCAACUACAAAUUUAGAGACAUUGAACUUAUCAUCAAAUUUAACUACAACAACAACCGCAAUCACAACCACUAACAUAACCAACAUAAAUACAAAUUCUAUAGUAAUUGGCAAUUGUUUCCCAUCUAGUUUAAUUGAAUUAAAAUUAUCCUAUAAUAAUCUCAAAUAUCUCAUUAGUGGUGGUGGUGGUGGUGGUGACGGUAAUGGUGGCGGUUUUGAACAAUUUUUACCUAAUUUACAACAUAUUGAUCUUUCUGGAAAUCUUCUUGGUGAUUCAUUAAAUAAAGGAUUUUUACAAACUUGGAAAAAUCUUUAUCAUCAUCAAAAUGAACAAAUUAUUAUUAUUGAUGAAUUGAAAUUUGGUAAUAAUAUUAAAACAGUGAAUUUAUUAGGUAAUAGAUUAUCAAAGAAUACUAUACGUGAUUUAAUGAAUUAUCAAUUAAUGAAAAAUCCAAAAUUCCGAUGUUUAAUAAUUGAAAAUUCUUUAAUUCCCCAAGAUUUAUAUAAGUAUAUUUCACAAACUUAUAUAAUGGAACCUAUAAAUAAUUAA